AUGUCCUCUCUCGCCGCGGCAUUGCCACCUCGUAGUCAGUCUGCAGAUGCAGAACCCAUGGUUUUGACGAGGUUAGAGGACAACGUCGAACAGGCCAGUCGUGCAGCAGAUGCUGUCUCUGACGAUGCCAUGUCCCUAGUAGAUGAGCUGUCGAAGCUGGAGGCAUCCUUGAAACGGUCCCAGGUUACAGAGACAAUGACCAAGCCACUGCAAACGGGCUUACUGGAAACAUUGGAGGCGGCACAUGCAUUGUUGACGGUGCCCAUCCCCAGUGAUGGACAUGCUGACCCAGCUCCGAAGGUGCCUGACUCGAUGCUGUCAAUAGAUUCUCUGGAUAACACGAGCUUCCAAGAUGCAGAUGCAAAUGCAACAAGCACCCCAAAGCCAACGCAGACAGCUACACGGACGUGGCAAGACACUGCCAGCACUGUUCUGUGCUUUGGUGGACUUCUGCAGCCGCAAAGUGGCAUCCUCGUUUGGGCUGGCACAUCGCUCUUUUUGGCCAUAGUAUUGCUUUGUGUCUCUGCAAGAUCUGCCUUCCUUUCAGCGACUGCACAGCCCGAUGUUGAAGAAGAGGUCCUGCGCGGAGAUUCGCUGCAAGGCUCGAUGACAGCAGCAAGGCCGGCAAGGCAUUAG